AUGCGUUCGUUUCGCAUAUUCGGCCGCUUUGCUGGCCAACGGACCUUUAUCGACAUCGCCUUCCGCGUCCCCCGCCGCCAAUCUUCUUUUGCAAGAUGGUCACGAAAAUAUAGUCUCAAAGGGACCCGCCAGCGGACCUACCCUUCCAUACUUCUUGCUGCAGCCACCCUCUCUCCUGUCGUGUUCGUUGAAAUCUCCGAAAAUGGCGCUCAAGAUGGCAAGACCACCGAAAUGCAGAUGCUCGAGGCUUCCCGCGAUGAGAUCAGCAAGAAGGUGCCAGAAGACGUCCGUGGUUUGCGCCGUUUCUACAAGACAGUCAUUUAUGCUGUCGACCAAUACAUAUACGAGCCGCUCGCUACAACAUUCCGUUUCUUCCAUCUUGUUGUCAUAUUUCUUCCCGUCAUUAUAACCAUCCCUCUGGCUCUGGUCGGCCCCCGCAGAAAACACAAUGACAAUGAGCGUGCUACCACCCUGUGGUGGUAUGCAUUCCUGGUCAAAUCGAUGGAGAGAGCCGGGCCUGCUUUCAUUAAGCUCGGCCAGUGGGCAGCUUCAAGGUCGGACAUCUUCCCUGCCGAAAUGUGUCGCAUUAUGGCAGAACUACAUUCCAAUGCCCCCGCGCAUUCUUUGCGCCAUACGAAGCGGAUCAUCUCAGAAGCAUUCGGUGGCAGAUCUUUCGAUGAGAUCUUUACCGAAUUUGAUGAGAAGCCUCUUGGAGUAGGUGCUAUUGCCCAAGUCUACAAGGCCAGGCUCAAACCAGACCUGGCCAAACUCGAGGAGAGCGACCUGGAAGCACACGAGAAGCAGCGACUGAGCCACAGGAUCAGGAGAAAUGUCGAUGCAUUGGUAAAAUCGAGUCCGCAAAGAGUUCCAUCAGCCUACGUGGCUGUCAAGGUUCUCCAUCCUAAAGUUGAACGGAAUGUCCGCCGAGAUCUCAAGAUCAUGGGUGUCUUUGCCUCGAUCAUCAACGCCAUCCCCACGCUGGAAUGGCUGGACCUGCCCAAUGAAGUCGCCAACUUCGGGGAGAUGAUGCGACUCCAAUUAGAUCUCAGGAUCGAGGCCGCAAAUUUAACCAUCCUUCGCAAACAUUUCCAGAACAGAACCACAGCAUGGUUCCCAUAUCCCUAUACUGACUUCACGACCCGCAAUCUAUUGGUCGAGGAGUUUGCUCAGGGCAUUCCCCUGGCUACCUUUCUAGAAUCUGGGGGCGGCGUGUUCCAGAAGGAGAUAGCAAAUGAAGGCUUAGAUGCCUUCUUGCACAUGCUUCUAAUAGACAACUUUGUCCAUUCAGACCUCCAUCCGGGUAAUAUCAUGGUCAAUUUCUACAAACCCACUCAGCCUGAUGUGAGAUUACCAUACCUGUCACGACAGGAUCCCACCGAACCAUUAUCAGAGUCCGAGAUUGACUCAUCAGAGGCCGUCCUCUGUAGGUUAAGACCGCAUACAGGCAAUAAGGGAGAGUGGAUCUCAGCACUCGAUCAAAUCGACAAGGAAGGUUAUAGGCCACAAUUGAUUUUCAUUGAUACGGGCCUGGUGACAGAGCUCAAUGAAAAGAACAGGACCAAUUUCUUGGACCUAUUCAGAGCAAUCGCAGAGUUUGACGGGUAUAAAGCUGGUCACUUGAUGAUUGAACGGUGCAGACAACCCGAUGCCGUAAUCGAUGGCGAGGUUUUUGCCCUCAAGAUGCAACACCUAGUCCUUGCCGUCAAAGGCCAAACUUUCGCCCUUGGCAACAUCAAAAUCGGGGACAUUUUGUCACAAGUCCUCGGCAUGGUGAGAUCUCAUCAUGUUCGGAUGGAAGGAGAUUUCGUGAACGUGGUUCUCUCUAUUCUUCUCCUCGAAGGGAUUGGCAGAACGCUUGACCCUCAGCUCGACCUCUUCCAAAGCGCAUUACCUAUCCUCCGACAGCUUGGAUCUUCUGACCCCACUGCUGUGCUGCGAAGCUUCAAGGAGGGCGAUUUCUCGUUGUUGAAGAUUUGGGUCGGCCUAGAGGCCAGGAGGUUUUUCCAAGCAAGCGCUGAGAGUGUAGAGAUGUGUGUCAAAUACGAUCUUCUCAGUCCCAACGUGUAA